AUGUUCCGAUACUCUCAGCCUCCUGAAGUCGACGAAGCUGCCAUCCCCACCACCGCAUCCACAGGCGCCGACGACGCCGUCACCGCCACCACCGGCGGCAGCGAUCAAACUUCUCACUCGAUCCGGGACCGCCUCCGCUUCAAGCGCAAUCCUAACCAGGCCACCUCCCCGACCGCCAGCACUUCCGGCCGGGGCACCAAAUCUAGAGAAGAUCGCGCUCCUUCGUCGCGGAGCAGAUGGCAUCACCACCACGGGACGGGAGGGCGCCGGAAGAGCUGGUUCGCCUUCCGCGGGGUUUAUUUAUUCUACCUCGUCAUAGUUUUCUCGGUCUUAGCGUUCGCCAUCGCGUCAGUGCUGUUGCAGAGCUCCGUGACCUCGGUGAUGUUUAGCACUGGCUGGAGCGAGCAUAGGAGAUCGGUGGGGGAAGGGCUGAGGUUGGGGACGACGUUGAAAUUCGUGCCCGGGAUAAGAUCGCGGCCGCUGGUGGAGGGGCAGGGGCUCGAUCAAAUCAGAAUGCAGCAGGUUGCUCGACUGGGCCUCCGGGCCCCUAGGCUUGCUAUUAUUUUAGGAAAUGUGAAGAAAAAUCCACAGUUGUUGAUGUUGAUUACAAUAAUGAAGCAUCUAAGAAUUCUUGGCUAUUCGCUUCAGAUUUAUGCACCAAAGAAUAGCAGAGCACAAUCAGUUUUGGAGCGAACAGGCGGUCAGAUAUCAAUACUACCAACUGACAACUAUAGCCAUAUCGACUGGUCCAUGUUUGAUGGUAUAAUUGUUGACUCCCUUCAAGGAAGAGAAUCUAUGUCAAGCCUUAUGCAGGAGCCUUUCUGUUCAAUACCGGUUAUCUGGAUAAUACAGGAAGAUGCACUUGCUAAUCGCCUUCCAGUGUAUGAGGAAAUGGGAUGGACUCAUCUCAUGACUUACUGGAGGAGUGCGUUUAGCAGAGCCAGCGUGGUCGUUUUUCCAGAUUUCACGCUGCCGAUGUUGUAUAGUGUGGUUGACCCUGGAAACUUCUUUGUGAUUCCUGGAUCACCGGUAGAUGUCUGGGCUGCGGAUAUUUAUAGAAAGACUCAUGACAAGCAUCAGCUAAGGAUGAACAAUGGAUUUGAUAAAGAAGAUAUUGUAGUUUUAGUUGUUGGCAGUUCCUUCUUCUACAAUGAACUGUCAUGGGACUAUGCUGUUGCAAUGCAUACCCUGGGUCCCUUGCUUGCCAAAUAUGCCAGAAGAAACGAUGCUGAAGGAUCAUUCAAAUUUGUCUUUCUAUGCGGUAAUUCAACUGAUGGUGAUGCUAUACAGGAAGUUGCUUCUCGUUUGGGACUUAUUCAUGGUUCUGUAAGGCAUUAUGGUUUGAAUGGUGAUGUCAGCAGUGUGUUGUUAAUGGCAGACAUAGUUCUUUAUGGUUCUUCUCAGGAUGAGCAGGGUUUUCCUUCUUUGAUCAUCCGAGCCAUGACCUUUGGAAUCCCUGUCCUGACACCCGAGAUUCCCAUAAUGAAAAAAUAUGUUUUUGAUGAAUCCCAUGUGCUAUUUUUCCCCAAGUAUGACCCUGAAGCUUUGAUGAGGACUUUCUCUCUUUUGAUAUCUGAUGGAAGUCUUUCCAAACUUGCUAGAACUCUUUCUCUCUCUGGAAGACUAUAUGCUAAGGAUAUGCUUGCCUCUGAAUGUGUAUCUGGUUAUGCAAAGCUUUUAGAGAACAUUCUUUCCUACCCCUCAGACACUUUGCUACCAGCUUCCGUGGAUCGGCUUCAACAGAUCACAUGGGAAUGGUCGUUGUUUGGUGAGGAGAUAGAUGGGGAAGCUGCUGACUCUAAUAUCAGAGUUUUGAGUGUUGUUCAGAAUCUUGAAACAGAGGUUCAGGAUCUUGUCACAUCUACAAAUACCUCUGGGAUCUCAACAGAGAUAUCGGAGCCUGAUGGUUUGACCAAGUUAGAUUGGGACGUAUUAGACGAAAUAGAAAGUUCUGAAGAAUUUGAGAACGUGGAGCUGGAACAGUUUGAAGAGAGGAUGGACAAACACCCAGGCAUUUGGGAUGAGAUAUACCGCAAUGCACGAAAAGCUGAAAAACUAAAGUUUGAAGCAAAUGAAAGGGAUGAGGGAGAGCUAGAACGGACAGGACAGCCAGUUUGUAUUUAUGAGAUAUACUCUGGAGCUGGUGCUUGGCCGUUUUUGCACCAUGGUUCCUUGUACCGCGGAUUAAGCCUUUCAACAAAAGCUCGAAGAUCAAGAUCAGAUGACGUGGAUGCAGUGGCCCGCCUCCCUCUAUUGAAUGAUACAUAUUAUCGAGAUAUAUUGUGCGAGUUGGGUGGAAUGUUUUCAAUUGCCAAUAAGGUGGACGACAUUCACAAGAGACCUUGGAUUGGGUUCCAGUCUUGGCGUGCCACGGGUAGGAAGGUUUCAUUAUCUCCGAAAGCUGAGAAAGUUCUGGAAGAGAAAAUACAGAGAGAGACUGUAGGGGAUGUAGUAUACUUUUGGACGCGGUUGGACAAGGAUUAUGAAGCUACAGCAAGCAGUGCCAAACUAGGGUUCUGGUCCAUCUGCGACUUAUUAAAUGCAGGGCACUGCAGAACGACUUUUGAAAAUGCAUUUCGUCAGAUGUAUUCCCUGCCAUCACAUCUAGAAGGUCUUCCACCAAUGCCAGAAGAUGGAGGUCACUGGUCCGCCUUGCAUAGCUGGGUGAUGCCAACCCCUUCAUUUUUGGAGUUCACUAUGUUUUCAAGAAUGUUCGUUGAUUCCCUCGACUCGUUGCAAGCCAAUUCUGGUGUAGCAUGCAUGUUUAGUUCAUCAGAAGUUGAGGAAAAGCACUGCUAUUGUCGAAUAAUGGAGCUUCUGGUGAAUGUCUGGGCUUACCACAGCGGAAGAAAAAUGGUCUACAUAGACCCUGAAACCGGCAGUUUCGAAGAGCAGCACUCAAUUGAAGAACGCAAGGGAGGAGUUAUUUGGGCGAAGUAUAUGAAUCUAACAUUGCUCAAGAGCAUGGAUGAAGACCUCGCUGAGGCGGCUGAUGACGGCGACCUGCUUAGGGAAAGAUGGCUAUGGCCAUUGACAGGGGAAGUGCAUUGGCAAGGGAUUUACGAGAGGGAGAGGGUGGAAAGGUACCGCCAGAAAAUGGACAAGAAGAGGAAGAAUAGGGAGAAACUGGUUGAGAGAAAUAGGAUAGGAUACAAGCAGAAACCUCUCGGACGACGCCGUCAGCUGCUUUGA